UCGCUCGUUAGCACUUGUCGAUAAAUGGUUUUCCCAUAGUGCGGUGAUUAGUUUGCCAGACCACCUCCCAUGCCAAAUCAAAACUUUCUAUAGUUGCCAUAGGCAUAGAAACCGGACUCACAAAUUUGAUUGGGACGUUUCGUGUCUCACUUGUGCCGUUAACAGUGUGCCAGUUCUAACAUCAAACUCGUCUUCCCCUGAGAAAGAAAGAUUCGGGAUGAUGAAAGUAGCUCCAAAGGUAAUCGUCCUCUUUAGGGAUGACAAAGGUUUUGGCCCUGCAAUGUUUGAAGCUCUUCAACCUAACCCUAAUUUUCCACUUGAGAAGAAAGAAACUUCUUUGGAGAUAUCGUUAGAGAAGUAUGGAAUUAGAGAUUGCAAGGCUUCUGUUGAUCUCUCCCAUUUCAUUGAUAAUCAAGGAUCCUAUCAGGUGUCCGUCCUACUUCUACAAAACUAUAAGACACCAGUUAUUGCUUGUGUCAUUAGUGAAAUUUUAGCAUUAAUCAGAGGGGAAGAUUCAUCAUCUUACCCCACAAUCAUACUUCCAUUCUUUGUACCAACAGCAAAGCUUUCUUCUGAAGUCACAAAUUCAACAUUUAUUAGCAAAAAGGUGACCCUUUACUGUACCCAAAUAGGCCCAGUAACAGACUUCAUUCAGGCCAUGCUUGCUGGAGUAGAGAACCCCCCUUCUUCAUUGCAGAUUGAUUAUGAACCUCUAGCAUGCUUGCUUCAUUCAGUCCGUGUAUUGAAGCUGCCGGCUGUUCUUCUCAUUGGACUAGGAAGUGGACAUCGGAUCAAGAAACCUAUUCCUGAAGAUCUUGAGGUAUUAUAUGAGAUGGGAGAGCACUUAGCAAGCAAAACAUGUUUGUACUUCUCAAAAGACCAAGUGAACUGGAGCCCUGCGGAGAAAACAAAGGAAUCCCAAGAACCAUGGCGUGCAUUAUAUGGUUAAAGGUUGGAACUAUUUUGAGAAGUCUGUCAGAUGACACAGUAUAUCUUUUAUCCUUUUGUUUCACUAGUUAUCAUAUCUAUAAUAGCAAAUGUACUCUACUCUAAAAAAUAGUCUUUAUUUGAGUUGUUGUGUAAUUAUUCAUAACACAAUUUUUUUUGCUGAAAUUAGUCAUUUUUUUCUUUU